GUACUUCUGAGGAAGGCACAGUGCAGCAUCCCGGCAAGUGGCCAGCCUGGUACACGGUCACUAUGCAGUGAAUACCCUCACCCGCUGGACGCUCGCCCGUCACAGAUAACCUCGCUGCCGGGAGUCGCUGGCUGGAGCAGCGGUCAUGUGGCGCAGCCUGGCGUGGGUGACACUGGCUCUAGCGGCGGUGGUGAUGGUGGAGGGCGCGGAGCAUGAUCCUCUGUUGGUGGUGUCAAACCCUCCUCACAACACCCUCACUCUGGACGCCCACACCCUGCACUUCCUUCACUCUAAAGGAGAAGCCAAGGUGAGAUGGGGACUCACUCUGCCGGAGGGCGCGCAGGGCACGCCGUGUGGGGAAGGUGACUCCUGCCUCGAUUUCGGCGUGGCCAAAGUGGUGGUGACGACUGAGGACCACUGCCAGAGGGUGGCCUGGACCUCCGGCAGUGGUGGUGAAGGUGGCCUGGCCGCCCUGAAAGACUGCGUGCUGCUGGAAGGCCACUGGUUUGGUGGCGGGCAGCAGGUGGAGCAGCCGUGGCCCUUGGAGCAGCAGCCGCGGCAAGAGACGGCCUUCGUGACAGCUGACAUGCUGUCUCGGAGUAGCCUGUGGUACGGCGGUGUGUCCGAGGCCUACUGGGUGUCGUCACAGGGCGUGGCGGUCAGGGUGGAGGAACAGACGCCAUUGUUCCUGAGUGUGCCUGACAACAACGGCGACUCCACGGCGGACGAGCUGUGUUUCGCGGCCCGCCACGAGGACCCCUUCAUGGCCGGCCCGGGCAGCCCCCUCACCCUCACUUACCAUCUGUGCUCGGGGGACGACGUCAGGAAGGUGCACGAGGCGACCUUCUCCAAGUUCUUCUCGCUGCCAGAGGCCGCGGUGGAUUCCCGCAUGAUCCGGGACCCCAUCUGGUCCACUUGGGCGGAGUACCACAAAGCCAUCAACGGCACCAAAGUCCUUGAGUUUGCACGAGCUGCCUCUGAACACGGGUUCAAUAACAGCCAGGUGGAAAUCGACGACGACUGGGAGACGUGUUACGGCGAGGCUGUGUUCAACCCAGAGCGUUUCCCUGACCCCCGUGGCCUGGUGGACCAGCUACACAGUGAAGGCUUCCGGGUCACGCUGUGGAUCCAUCCCUUCAUCAACGACGACUGUCCCGCCUUCACCCUCGCGGACAAGCUGGGGUACUUCAUCAAGGACAGCUCGGGCGCCACUCAGCUGACUCACUGGUGGGACGGGAGGAAGGCGGGUCUCCUGGACUUCACCAACACCGAAGCCGUGGCAUGGUGGACUCAGCGCCUGCACGACCUGAAGUACCAGACCGGCAUUGACAGCUUCAAGUUCGACGCGGGCGAGACCACUUGGAUGCCUGGGAACUUCACACUGCAGGCUGACGAGCGGCUUUGGCCCAACCUGUACACCUUCAAGUACGUGGAGGCAGUGGCGCAGUUCGGGGACAUGGUGGAGACGAGAGUCGGCCGAGGCUCCCAGCGCUUCCCUAUCUUCGUCAGGAUGCUCGACAAGUACUCCACCUGGGGUUACUACAAUGGCCUCAAGACGCUCGUGCCAUCGCUGCUCCACUUUGGCCUCCUCGGGUAUCCCUUCGUGCUGCCAGACAUGAUAGGCGGCAACGCGUAUGGGCUGCGUCCCGGCAAGGAGCUGUUCGUGAGGUGGGCACAAGCCAACGCCUUCAUGCCCGCCCUGCAGUUCUCCAUCCUGCCCUGGAACUACGACAAGGAGGUGACGGAGCUGUGCCGGGAGGUGACGCGCCUGCACACCCAGUACACGCCGCUACUGCUCAACCUGGCACAGGAGGCCACCACCUCCGUGGCCCCCAUGAUGCGCCCCACCUGGUGGUUGUGCCCCACCCUGGAGGAGUGUCUCACCGCAGACCAGCAAUUCCUGGUUGGUGAUGACCUGCUGGUGGCGCCCGUGGUGACAGCCGGCGCCGCCACCCUGGACGUGGUGCUGCCCCCGGGGGAGUGGCAGCAGGCGAGCACGGGGCUGGUGGCUGCAGGCCCCGCCACGCUCACUGUGACUAACAUCACCCUGGACAGCAUUGUGUACUUCACCAGGAAGGCAGCAUAGCACACCCGGCUCGGAGGUGAGGCAGUGGCAGCAGGCGUAGCAGUCCAGCAGUAGAGGGAGAAAAUGAAGCAGGGUGGUGCAUCGCUUGGCGUGGCUCUUUCUCUUCUACAUAAUCUUUACCAUAAUCACCUACAAAUUUUAGACUUUUAUUUCUGCACGACAGUCUCUUUAACAUUUCUGUAGCCUUAAAAAGACAAACUUAACCUCCAAUUCUCUCUUUCCUUUCUGUGAACAGUUCUGUAACCUACGAAAGACAAAUUAACAUAUUCUCUCUUUCCUUCUGUGCAAGUGUUCUGAAUGUUAACAGAGGAUGACCACAGCAGUGAAGGGGGACAUUAACUGAGUCAUUCCUGCUUCAUCCCGGCCUGGCAAGACCUGCCUGCUUGUGUACUGGUGUUUAGCGUGUCACAGGGGCGCAGCAGGGUUCUCCGAAUCGUGUUUAUUGGUGUGUUGCGGCGCCUUGAAGUGCUAGUGUGGGUCUCUUUGCAGAUGUGUUGUGGUGAUGGAACCUGUUGGAGUUUAUGGUUUCUUUAUAUAACUAAAUGUUCUUUUCGUUGUUUUCGUGGCAGUAGAGAACACGCGAGCCAGACACGUGCUGCGCCGCCCAGUUUUGUACUAAUAAAGUUAGGUCACAAGUUACAGUGUUGAAAUAAAAUGGAGGUAAUUUGUACGCUUUGCCACACAGAACUUGUCACGUGUAACUUGAGGUCAAUAAAGUGUGUGUCUGUCCACCACUUUGCCACCACACGCCUCUCAGGACUGGCUGGCUGACUCCGAUGUGACACGCUGAGGGGAGAGGUGUCGAUCGUGGCAGUGUAACGGAAUGGUGCACAACGGGUCUUCGGAAUGUGUGGUUGCUGCUUUUAUAUUCUGAGUUCAAAACAUGUAGACGUGCACUGUUGUUUUUUCCUCGAUAUAAUUUGCUGGUAAUGUUUAGUAUUUUGGUUAUUUAUUUAUUUAUUUAAUUAUUUUCAUUUUUUAUUCUUUUCUUUUUCUUUUCGUUUCUUUAUUUUAUUUAUUUAUUUAUUUAUUUAUUUACUUAUUUAUUUAUUUAUUUUUUUUGUCGUAUUCCAGUUAAACAAUUAACUUCAGUAGUAAGAAAUGUGUGUAUAAAUUUUGUCGCCGUGUGCUCAGCGUGUGGAGGGAACCCAACCUACGCCGUGUCAGGAUAGAUUUCUUUUCCUCUCUGUCUUACAUGUAGAACCUUCAACAACAAUGGUGAGGAAAUAAAGUAUCCGGUAUGCAUUUCUUUCCCUUCCAUAUGUUUAUUUGUUUCGUUAAGAGUAAGGAGACGUUGUAAAUAAACUGACUCAUAACUACAUGAGUUUCAGAAUGGUU